ACAAAAUACAUCCCGCCUCAUUUGCGAAAGGCAGCAAACACUAAAUCCGAACAACAAAUAAGACUCCACAGACUUUUGCAAGGUCUUUUCAACAAAUUGAGUGAAAGUAACUUGGAAAGCAUUCUGGCAGAGAUCGAGAAAACAUACAGCAACUAUCCUCGUAACGAUGUCACAUCUACAAUCACUGAGAUCAUCUUGACUUCCAUUGCACAGAAAGGCAACCUGUUAGACUCUUUUGUGAUCAUUUAUGCUACAAUUGUAGGAAGUUUGUACCGAUUGAUUGGUGUUGAUUUUGCCGCUCAUUUUGUUCAGACAUUGAUCGAGGCAUUUGAGAAGAAUUACAACACUUGUCGCCAGGCUAUUGCUAAUAACGAAGAUGGUGGCGAUGAGGGACCGGAAGGAUCAAAAGAGUCAAAGAACUUGUUGACACUCACAAUUGAACUGUACAACUUCCAAGUGAUUUCAAGUGUAUUGAUCUUUGAUUUAGUCCGACUUUUUAUCUCACAGCUGGACGAACAAAGUGUUGAGCAUCUUUUGAAGAUUAUUAAAGUCUGUGGACCACAGAUGCGUGCAGAUGAUCCUGCAGCAUUGAAGGAUAUCAUUGAUGAGAUUCAAAAGGAAACAGCAAAGCGUGAUGCAAAGACUUUAUCUACUCGCCAUAAAUUCAUGCUGGAGACAAUUGCCAACGUGAAAAACAAUAAGAUCAGAGGAGGAGCCACUGCGGCAGGCCAGGGAGACAAAGAUCUUGUUCAAAAGAUGAAGAAAUACCUGAAUGGAAUCGGCAAGAAGCGAACCAUCCGAAGCUCAGAACCUUUGCGUGUAAGCUUGGAGGAUAUUCAUCAAAUUGAAACCAAAGGAAAAUGGUGGCUGGUCGGUGCUUCAUGGAAGGACAACCUGGUUGGAACCGAAAGCAAAUAUGCUUCAACCAAAGUUCCCGAAGACUUGAAGAAAGAUCAAACUUUACAAGAAACUCUGUUGAAGCUUGCAAGAAAACAAGGAAUGAACACCGAUGUUCGUAGAAGCAUCUUCAUUACAAUCAUGGGAGCAGAGGAUUAUCUUGAUGCCUUUGAGAAUCUUCUCAAAUUGUCUUUAUCAGAAGUACAACAGCGUGAGAUUGCAAGAGUACUGUUGCAGUGUACUGGUAACGAAAAAUCGUUUAAUCCUUUUUACAUGCUUGUGAGUAAGCGUCUGUGCGAAUACAACCAUUCGUACCGCGUAACCUUCCAAUACUGCCUAUGGGACUUUUUGAGAGACCUGGGCGAGUCUGGAGUGGGAGACGGAAAGAGCGUCCGCCUCAGCAGAGUUGUUAAUGUGGCCAAGUUUUAUGCGUAUUUGAUUGCAAACAACUCUUUGUCGCUGGUGAUUCUCAAGAGCGUGAACUUUAUGACGCUUGGUCACAAAGCACGUAUCUUUUUGGAGACCCUGUUUGCUAAUAUCUUCUUGCAAUGCAAAGAAGGUGGUGCUCAGGCCGUGGCAAAUGUAUUUGGAAAGAUUCACGAAAUGCGCACUCUGGCACAAGGUUGUAUUUUCUUCAUACAAGAAAGUGUCAUUUCAGGAAAGAACUCUGCUCUCACGGCAGAAGAAAUGGAGACUGUGCGGUGGGGAGCAAAGAUUGCCCGCGAAGUUCUCAACAAAUAA